AUGUCAGACAUUAUCAGAGAUGCUCCCUUGGGGCAACUCAUCCGCUUCGUCACCCGCAACAGAUAUUUUCAAUACCCUGAAGAGAAGCCCGACUUCAAGCUCCCCGAUGCAUGGGACACAGUUAUCAACAACCCAAACGUUAUUAUCGAUGAGAGCCCUGCCAACAACAACAACGCCCUCCUCACAGGCACAGCCCUCGCUUCCUCCGCCUCGUCCACCGUCGCAGCAACUGAAGAUCCCAAGAUCAAGAGCGAGACGGACAAGGAAACCGAAGAUGUCGAGCGCGCUGAUUCAGUCCCCGUGAGACUACAUCGUUCUAGAUCGCCUCAGGAGACGCAGGCUUACACCAUCGAUCGUCUAGAAGCCGACGAGGAGCAUGAUGUGGAAAAGGUUAAGUCUAUCCCUGUCGUGCCGAAGCGUACCAAGGAUGGACAUAUCCUCGUGGAUUGGUACUAUAGCGACGAUAAUGAGAACCCUCACAACUGGACCAACAACAGACGUCUCGGCGUCGCCCUGAUAAUCUGCCUCUACACCUUUGUUGUCUACACUUCAUCGGCCAUUUAUACUUCCUCGACAGAAGGUGUCAUGCGGGCCUUUGGUGUAAGUCAGCUCAAGGCCACGCUGGGUCUUUCUCUCUACGUUCUCGGCUACGGCACUGGGCCUCUUAUUUUCUCGCCCCUGAGUGAGAUCCCUCGCAUCGGUCGUAACCCCGUCUACAUCGUCACCAUGUUCCUCUUUGUCAUCAUCUCCAUUCCCACCGCGCUGGUCAAGAACUAUCCCGGCCUUAUGGUUCUUCGAUUCCUUCAGGGUUUCUUUGGUUCGCCUUGUUUGGCUUCCGGAGGUGCUUCACUCGGUGAUAUCUACAGCUUCAUGGCUCUUCCUUAUGCCAUGAUGGCUUGGGUCGCUGCUGCUUACUGUGGACCUGCGCUCGGCCCUCUUCUCAGUGGUUUUGCUGUCCCUGCCAAGGGCUGGCGCUGGUCUCUGUACGAGAGUAUCUGGGCCUCCGCCCCUAUCUUUAUCCUCAUGUUCCUGCUCCUCCCCGAGACAAGCGGUGCAAACAUCCUCCUCCGCCGUGCUGAGCGUCUCCGUAAGCUCACAGGAAACGAGCGUUUCAUGUCACAGAGUGAGAUUGAUCAGCGCCACAUGAAGGUUUCCGCCAUCGCUCUUGAUGCCCUCAUCAAGCCCAUGGAGAUCACCAUCAAGGAUCCCGCUGUGCUGUUUGUGCAGAUUUACACUGCAAUCAUCUACGGAAUCUACUAUUCCUUCUUCGAAGUCUUCCCCCGCGUCUACCCCGUUUAUUAUAACAUGAACCUGGGCGAGAUCGGUCUUGUCUUCCUUUGUGUCCUUGUCUCAUGUAUGAUUGGUGUCGGGGUCUACCUCUCUUACCUCUACUUUUACAUGGACCCUCGCAUCGCCAAGCGCGGCUGGCCCAUCCAAGAAAGCCGUCUCGUCCCAGCUCUUCCAGCCUCUAUUGGACCUACUAUCGGCUUGUUCCUCUUCGCCUGGACAGCUCGAGCUUCGAUCCACUGGAUCGUGCCAACCAUCGGUAUCACCAUCUACGGUGCCACCGUCUUUGUUGUCAUGCAGUGUAUCUUUGUCUACAUUCCCCUGAGCUACCCUAUGUAUGCUGCCAGUCUCUUUGCUGCGAACGACUUUUUCCGAAGCGCUCUUGCUUGCGGUAGCGUCCUCUUUGCACAGCCCCUAUUUGACAACCUCGGUGUUGACAAGGGCACAAGUCUGCUUGGUGGUUUGAGUGUCAUUGGUAUCAUUGGUAUCUGGUUGCUUUACUUUUAUGGUGCCAAGCUGCGAUCUCUCAGCAAGUUUGCUGUCUCCGAUCAUGUUGAGUAG